AUGAUUUCCGACACCGACUUGCUUGCUUGCUGUGGAGCCUACUGCGGAGACGGAUGUGAUGGAGGUUAUACAGUUCGCGGUUGGAACUACUUCAUAACUUCAGGCCUCUGCACAGGAGGAGAUUAUGGUGACAAGUAUACGUGGGGAUUCCCACUUGGAGGACAUGCUGUCAAGGUCAUUGGAUGGGGUGUAGACAAGGGCGUAGAUUAU